UGAGGGCCCUGAGCAGAGGCUGCGGCGUGCAGGCACUAGCACUGGGGUGGGCGGUGGGGCAGGUCCCAGGCCUUGGUGGCCGCAAACCUGGACGGCAGGCGUCCCAGCCUGCAUUCCGCACUCCCCCCACAGCUCGGCUGCAUAAACUCCAAGGGACGCCGCAGGGCCCUCGGUAAAUAUUUGUCCAAGGCGCACAGGAGUGAAGGCAGGAGUGGGCGGGGGGUGUGACCGUCCACCCGAGCUCUUCCAGGCAGCCGCACCUCGGGGGCCGGUCCCGCUCCGAUAAAACUCUCCGCCGCCAGCGAGGGUCGCCCCGGCGCAGCCAUGCCCAGGUACACGGUGCACGUGCGCGGGGAGUGGCUGGCCGUGCCCUGCGGGGACGCGCAGCUCACGGUGGGCUGGCUGGGCCGCGAGGCCGUGAGGCGCUACAUCAGGAACAAGCCCGACAACGGUGGCUUCGCCUCGGUGGACGUGCGCUUCCUCGUGCGCCGCUGCAAGGGCCUGGGCCUGCUGGACCACGAGGACCUGCUGGAGGUGGCCCUGGAGGACAAUGAGUUCGUGGAAGUGGUUAUAGAAGGGGAUGCCAUGUCUCCAGACUUCAUUCCAUCACAGCCAGAAGGCGUUUACCUAUACAGCAAAUACCGGGAACCCGAACAGUACAUCGCCUUAGAUGGGGACAGCCUGACCACAGAGGAUCUGGUCAGCCUGGGAAAGGGACACUACAAAAUCAAGCUUGUUUUCCUAGCUCACCCCACUGCUGAAAAGAAGGUGCAAAAAUCCAGGGAAGUCAUAGACAGCAUCGUGAAAGAAAAAACGGUAUCUUUUCUCUCUGUGUCAUGCAUUGUUUAUGGCAUUGCUACAGGUUUUGGAAAAUUUGCCAGAACCGUAAUUCCUGUCAGUAAACUAGAGGAGCUCCAGGUCAACCUGGUGCGCUCACAUUCUUCAGGCGUUGGGAAACCGCUAAUCCCUGAGAGAUGCCGGAUGCUCUUGGCUUUAAGGAUCAAUGUCUUAGCCAAAGGAUACAGUGGCAUUUCCCUGGAGACUCUCAAACAAGUUAUCGAAGUAUUUAAUGCCUCCUGCCUGCCCUACGUUCCAGAGAAAGGAACUGUUGGUGCCAGUGGAGACCUUGCCCCGCUCUCUCACCUGGCACUCGGGCUCAUCGGGGAAGGGAAGAUGUGGUCUCCGAAGAGUGGCUGGGCCGACGCGAAAUAUGUCCUGGCAGCUCAUGGAUUGAAACCAAUUGUUUUGAAACCAAAAGAGGGUCUGGCGCUCAUCAACGGGACCCAGAUGAUCACCUCUCUGGGCUGCGAAGCUGUGGAAAGAGCCAGUGCCAUUGCUCGGCAGGCUGACAUAGUGGCGGCCUUGACCCUGGAGGUGCUGAAGGGCACCACCAAAGCCUUCGAUACCGACAUCCACGCGGUCCGCCCUCACCGUGGGCAAGUCGAAGUCGCCUUUCGCUUUCGGUCCCUCUUGGACUCCGAUCACCACCCGUCCGAGAUAGCAGAAAGUCACAGGUUCUGCGAUCGGGUUCAGGAUGCCUACACCCUGCGCUGCUGUCCUCAGGUCCACGGUGUGGCGAAUGACACGAUAGCAUUUGUAAAGCACAUCAUUACCACAGAAAUUAACAGUGCCACGGAUAAUCCUAUGGUCUUUGCCAGCAGGGGAGAGACUAUUUCUGGAGGAAACUUCCAUGGUGAAUAUCCAGCCAAAGCCCUGGACUAUCUGGCCAUUGGCAUCCACGAGCUUGCUGCCAUCAGUGAACGACGAAUUGAAAGGCUCUGUAACCCCUCCCUCAGUGAGCUGCCUGCCUUCCUGGUGGCUGAAGGGGGUCUCAACUCUGGAUUCAUGAUUGCCCACUGCACAGCCGCAGCCCUUGUUUCUGAGAACAAGGCUCUGUGCCACCCCUCGUCGGUGGACUCUCUCUCCACCAGCGCUGCUACGGAGGAUCACGUCUCCAUGGGAGGAUGGGCAGCCAGGAAGGCGCUCAGGGUCGUCGAGCACGUGGAGCAGGUGCUGGCCAUCGAGCUUCUUGCCGCCUGCCAGGGCAUAGAGUUUCUGCGCCCCUUGAAAACCACCACUCCCCUGGAGAAGGUCUAUGACCUGGUGCGCUCUGUCGUCAGGCCCUGGAUUAAAGACCGCUUCAUGGCCCCGGACAUCGAGGCGGCGCACAGGCUCCUCCUAGAGCAGAAGGUUUGGGAAGUGGCUGCACCAUACAUUGAGAAAUACAGAAUGGAGCAUAUUCCAGAAUCAAGACCUGUCUCUCCAACAGCAUUUUCACUGGAAUUUCUGCACAAGAAGUCCCCCAAAAUCCCAGAGUCCGAGGAUCUUUAAUGCGUUCCGCCGUGGCUUAGCACAUCUGAUGGUACUUAGUUUCAAAGCAAGCAAACAGUAUCUUGCUGAAGAAGAGACCUGAGGACUUUCUAGUGGAUCAAUCUAUUCUAUAGUCCAGGUCCUCUAAUACCUGCUCUAGUUAGGCUGGUGACAGUAUUACAUUUACUAAAUCUAGUCCCGGGUUCUUGUUGAGCUGGUUAGAGACACCCCUGGUGUUUUCAGACGAUAGGAGUUUUCUUGUUUCUUCACCAUAUCAAAAGGCCACUCACUCUUAAGGGUGAGAAGAGCAACCACCACUGCAUGGU